GACGUUUCGAGUCGAGUCGUGCUAAAAGAGAAAUGUGAGGGAAUGAUCCUCUGCUCACCAAAGUGAUCCACGGUGGCUUCCUGACGUCCGCUUCAAGGAAGUCCGAAAAAGUUAGCCUGCUGCUUACCGACUGACUUUUUCCUCUUUUUUUUUGUUUGUGUGUGUGUAAAGACUUGAAACGUGAUGUCCGACGGACAGGAGGCUAUGAACGUAUACUCAGUAAACCUCAGCGGCCCGGCGCCUUGGGGCUUCAGGCUGCAGGGAGGCAAGGACUUCAGCAUGCCCCUCACUGUGUCAAGGCUCACCCCAGGCGGAAAGGCAGCUCAGGCCGGUGUCGGAGUUGGAGACUGGGUGGUGUCCAUUGAUAACGCUAAUGCAGAGGACAUGACCCACGUGGAGGCACAGAAGAAGAUCAGAGCAGCAACAGACUCCCUCUCCCUCAGCCUCAGCAGAGCUUUCCAAGCAGGUGGAGACCAGAAGGACUCACUCGCUCUGGCUUCUGUUCCGCCAAAGUACUCCUUUGCCCCCAGCACGACAAUUAACAAGAUGGCGAGGCCAUUUACAGCAGCUGGUGGUAGCGCCAACUCAGGACCUGUUAUCAAACCUGUGGCCUACUCACCUAAGCUUAACACUCCACGCUCACAGGGCCGCGCCAGCAUGCAGCAGCCACAGAAUGGCCUUGAGCCAACUCCCUCACCUGCCAAGGCCCAGGCAGCAGAUAAACCAGAUGGCCCAGAAUCCAAGACCGCAGCUGCAGCAGCCGGCAGUUCAGGUGCUCCCAAGCGGCCGCCGUGGGUCACCGACCCCAAUUUCGCUGACCGCUUUCGUCCAGACAAGACCAGCACCGUCGUGACCCAGCACCAGCAGCCGGUCCAGCCGACGCCUAUGCAGAACCGCAGCUCCAUUCUUCAGGCAGCGCAGCAGGCACCCGAGGACAGCGGGAGGACCCCUGUAUGUGGCGCCUGCAACAAAAUCAUAAGGGGUCGGUACCUGGUGGCGCUGGGACGCUCUUGGCACCCCGAGGAGUUUACGUGCUCGCAGUGCAAGGCGGUCCUGGAUGAGGGCGGCUUCUUCGAGGAGAGAGGGUCCGUCUACUGCACCAACUGCCACGACAACAGAUACGCUCCAAACUGCAGCAAGUGCAAAAAGAAGAUCACAGGGGAAAUCAUGCACGCCCUGAAGAUGACCUACCAUGUUCAGUGUUUCAAGUGUGCAGCCUGCAAGACUCCCAUCAGGAACCAAGCCUUUUACAUGGAGGAGGGCGAACCCUACUGUGAGAAAGACUAUGAGAAGAUGUUUGGCACCAAAUGCCACGGCUGUGACUUUAAGAUUGAUGCCGGCGAUCGGUUUCUGGAGGCCUUGGGCUACAGCUGGCACGAUACCUGCUUCGUCUGUGCUCUCUGCCAAAUCAACCUGGAGGGGAAGACUUUCUACUCCAAGAAGGAUAAGCCCCUGUGCAAAGGCCAUGCUUUUGCUCCUGUGUGAGCGAGCGGGCGAGCGACCUUCAUCUUCAGAGCAACGAGCGCUUCUCUCUCUCUCUCUCUCCCUCUUUUUACCCCACUCCGCCCUCCGGCACACUCGUUCACAUUUUUACAUCUCGUCUUCGCCAACCGCACACGUAGUUAAAAACUCUGUCUUUUGUCUAUCCUGCAGACUUUGUUUUCAUGUUUGAGGCUUAAAGGAACAGUUCACCCCCGCAAAAAUCAACGUACAUAUUUUUUGCUCUCGCCCUGUCCUGCUUUUUUUACCCAGCGAGAUUGUUUUGGUGUGAGCUGCAGAGUUGUGGAGAUGUUGGCCUUCUUUGGAAUCUUAUACGACUUGGUUUGUGGGGCCUGUUUACUCAAGAUAAUCCACAGACCUUGCAGUACGAAUGAUCAGAAAAAUGCCUCUCCUACUGGGUGAGUGCAUGUCAUUGCCCUCUCAACAACCUUUGGGUCACGAGUUUCUGAGUCAACGCCAUAUGAAGCUGAAGCAUUAGGUUGGCAUUCAUGUCACUCCCCUACAUUGACUGCAGCAUUGCUGUGAGCAGUUUCGUGCAGGAACCAUUUUCUUUGCGUGUCACCACGCAGAAGGACGUGUACCUUUACCUUGAGUAGAUGCACGUUUCCUUCGGCGUGGUGAUAUGGAGAGAAAAUAGUUCCUACAUCAAACUGUCUUGAUUAUCUCAUUCCAUCAAUCAGUAUAUCCAAAACUCUGCAACUCUCACCAAAACAAUCUGGAUGGAUGAAGAGCGCUUACAGAUGAGAGAUGAAAUAUAUAUUUUGAUUUUAGAGCACACUGUCCCUUUAGCAUUAGCUUCAUGUGCUGUUACUCCACUGUGUUCAAAUGUUACUGUCUGUAAUACCAAAUGCUGUGUUGUACAACUGGAAGUAGUCAAGGAAUUAUUGCACGCCAUCACUAACUUGUUGACGUAUAAGUCAUCUAUAGAUUAGGACAGUUAAACCGCAGCUGCAGUUCAUCGUCUAGAUCUAACUGUAGCCGUCAGUGACAGAAAUUCUCACCACUCUACUAAUCUCCUCCUCGUUCAGUCUGAAGUGAGAUCAAGUCAGUGUCUUCCAACUUGGAGGAGUCACUUAGCUCUCUAAUAAUCUCACGUAUUGCAUUAAUGAUCUGCCACCACUCCUGCACUAAGUGUAGAGAAGCAGUGGCCCCACCCGGGACCCCGGCCCACUCAGCGACUCUCACUGCAGUGCCUGUUAACUUAAUGGGGGUCCAGUCAAGCAGAAAAGGGGGUGUCCCAUUUCUGCCUGACCGGACCCCUGCACUCCUCAACUGAAGCACUAACCGCUUACUUGCCACUUUGACUCCGGCACGUCAGCGGCACACAUUGCAGUUAAUAACUGUAAUUUGCUGUCAUGUAUUAAUUCUUAAUUGAUUUUAAUAGUCACAGAUGUGGACGACCGAGUGCGAUUAUCUUUUUUUUUUUUUUUUUUAAACUGUUUCUCACUUCAAAUAUCAUUCAUCGGUCAGAAAAAUCUCAUGUGGUGAUUUUUGUCCUGGCGUUUCUACGAUGUUGUGAUUGUUCCUUCGAGUACUUUCAAGCCGUGGUUGAAUAUGUAUUUAUAUUGCUUCAGAAUGGGCCUGUAAGUGCUGUUUUUAUAGCUGCUGGACGUUUCAAAUAAAAUUAAUCUGUAAUGCAACGUGCCGGGCUGGAUCACUGGGCUCAAAUGCUUCUGCGGCGAACCCAUCUGUAAGAUUCUCUCUCGACUGAUGUUUUUGUUGUCUUUGUUCUCACCAACACCUGCUCCCCAACAACAGGAUAAUGGGCUCUCUAAGAUUUCAUCGUAAGUACAAUUUACUUCUAAAAAUCAAGCUUUUCACGAACAGCUGCUGCAACAAAGACCGUAGUUGAAUCCCUCUUCUAGAUGUAGAAAUGAAUGCUUUUGCAAUUUCCAUUUAAUCAUGAACGUCAACUUACUUGUUAUUUUACGCACGUUUCAUGUAAGCGAUGUUAAAUUGUUCUCGUUGGCACCGUAUUCUCAUGGUCAUCAUCCUGAGACUACGAGUAUCUACUGACUGGUAUGAGAAGGCUGCAACCCUGACUCCAAAAGAGUUGGGACGCUGUGUAAAACAUGAACAAGACAGAAUGAGAUAUUUUGCCCAGUUGAAAACCGUACAAAGACUGUCCAUUUAAUAUUUUACCUUUUUGUCGAUGUGAGGUUGCCAGGCAACCAACAGAGAUGCUGCAUGGUCGUAUUGGGCGGAAUUUAAACUUGUUCAUCGAAGAGAUAGUUACUCUCAUUAACUAUGAGUAUAAAUAACAAAUUGUAAUUUUUAGGUCUCUGCAUCUGCAAAUUAAACUACUGAAUGAGA